CACCACCUCUCACACAAGCACUGCCAGCCUAGCUCCACUUUUGGGAAGAGCUCCAUCAAUCCCAUCGCCGAACAUAUCGAAAGCUCAAUACAGACAAAUCGACAGACCGACCAACCGGCCGCUACUCUCGAAGGCAGAUUCAAUUGCGCGCAAGCGUCCAGCAUAAAAUCACAAUGGCAGCCGCCGGGCUUGGGUUUCUCUACAAGGCUGCGGUCCCCGCGGCGGUUCUAGGGGGUCUCCUCCAGUCAUCCAUCUACGAUGUCAAGGGCGGCUCGCGCGCUGUCAUUUUCGAUAGAGUGUCGGGAGUGAAGGAUAAGGUGGUUAACGAGGGCACCCACUUCCUGGUGCCGUGGCUGCAGAAGGCCAUUGUCUUCGACGUGCGGACAAAGCCACGCAACAUUCCCACCACAACCGGCAGCAAGGAUCUCCAGAUGGUCAGCCUGACGCUGAGAGUGCUGCACCGUCCGGAUGUGCGGGCGCUGCCCAAGAUCUAUCAGCAACUCGGCCAAGACUACGACGAGCGUGUGCUCCCUUCGAUCGGCAAUGAGGUGCUCAAGUCGAUCGUGGCGCAGUUCGACGCGGCAGAGCUCAUCACGCAGCGCGAGGCGGUGUCGAACCGGAUCCGGACCGACCUGAUGAAGCGGGCGCGCGAGUUCAACAUCAUGCUCGAAGACGUGUCCAUCACGCACAUGACGUUCGGCAAGGAGUUCACCAAGGCGGUCGAGCAGAAACAGAUUGCGCAGCAGGAUGCGGAGCGGGCGCGCUUCAUUGUCGAGCGGGCCGAACAGGAGCGCCAGGCCAACGUCAUCCGCGCCGAGGGCGAGGCCGAGAGUGCCGAGACCAUCAGCCGGGCGAUCGCCAAGGCCGGUGACGGCCUCAUCCAGAUCCGUAAGAUUGAGGCCAGCAGGGAGAUUGCGCAGGUCCUGGCCAGCAACCCCAACGUGGCGUACGUGCCGGGCGGCGGCAAGGGGACGAAUCUGUUGAUGAACGUGGGCAGGCCAUAAGGGAGAGCGCGUUUAGGUCCUGGCAGCAGGAGGUAAUGGUCAAAAUCGGAACUGCUGCGUUCUGUGUAUUACUAGGUUGACUAUCAUGUAUAUCCCCGCUUCGGAAUGCCCAAAAGCCCAAACAGAGCCCAGCCAAGCAGGCUGGGCAUGCCUUGCAACGCAUUAAGCCAUGACUUGGUACCUGUAUUCAAGACAUGCUUUAGUAAACCUGAGUAUGGCAAGUGACUGUAUUUAAAGCAUCUGCUCGUCGCGCGAUACCUAAUGUUAAUUUAAGUUUUGUCUUGAAUCCAAGAAGUAACCGGAGAGAGUUUUAGUAUUCAUUUAUAUAGGCACUGAUUUCGCUUCUAUUACCUACGGUACCUUUGUGUUGGUUGAAUCAUCAUGGGGUUGGGAGGCGUUUCCAGUGGUUGUCAGCAGCGGCGUAGCG